GGGUGCAGCACGUAUUUAAUGGUGGGAUCGCUUUGACUAAAAAGCAGUUUAUUUUCCCAGUCACCACAACAAACGAUAGUAAUCAUGGCUCAACACAACGACGUACAAACGGACGCCGCGCAGAGUUAUCCAGGUAAAGAAACGGAUAAGAGCUACGUAAGCGUGUUUAAACGCAAACAGCCGUUGACGUUCUCGCCUAACCGCCAGUACGCGUUGGCUGUCGUCUCUCCUCUGCAAAAACAGGACAGCUGGGAAACUGUCUUGGCAGAUGACCGAGCUUCUCCACCUGUUCAUACAAAUAACAGAAGAUACACCAUAUAUGACUACAGUCCAGAAUAUUCAUCGACGGUGACCACUUUCCAGCCUUUCUCUUUUGACGAGCGUGAUGCUGCACGGAGAGUUGAGCACGAGAGGAGACUGCAAGAGAUGCGCCGGAUGCAAGAACGGCAAUGGCGAUCAACAUUUAGAGCACAUCCAAUAAGAAGAUACAAACCACUUAUUCAACUCUGUGGACAGACCCAUUCACAUCAGUCAAAAUAAUUUUCUAAAAUAUUUAAGAUUUGUCUCGUCUCUUUUUAAAUGUUUUAAUUAAAAAAAAAUAAAAUAUUUUUUUACUGACA